UUGUGAAUUUUCAUAAGAGACAAUUACUUUGUGGACAUUUUUGUUUGUUUAUUGCCUUUAUCAUGAAAAGGAAUGUCGAGGGUAACCCGACAAAGUGUUCGGGUUAUAUUCAAUGCGUGAGUCCUCUGAAGAGGUCAGAGGGAAAGGGUGUUUCCUACUUCGAUGGGGAGAUACAGACCGGUAAGGAUGAAAUUCGUAGAUUUGUUAGUUUCAGUCCCGAGAAACUUGACACUUUUGAAUCAGCUGUGGCACUUAAAGAGGUCGUAACUUUAAUAAACCCUAGAUUCACAGUAAACAGAGGGAAGACAGAAAUCACAAUUGCUAAGAAUACACAACUUGAGAUUGCAACAAAACGCCUUGAAUUUCCUCGUCAGGAGGUGAAAUCAAAGAGUGAGGAGAAGUCUAUUAAUGACAUAGCAGCAGCUGGUAUUACAUGCACACUAUCAGCCAAAGUCAUUUCCUUCAGUGAUGAAGAGCACUUCGUGCAGACUAGAUAUGGAGAGAGAAAAUUACACACUGCUGUAAUAGCAGAUAGUACAGGAAGUGUAUUACUACCACUUUGGGGAACCUUUGCAACCACAGUAAAACUCGAUACCUGUUACAAAAUUCAUAAUCUAUACACUAAAAUGUUUAAUGGACAGUUGCAGGUUACAACAACGAAAGAAACGAGAUUUGAGGUAAUUGAACCAAUUGAAGAUGUCGUUUCAAAAGCUCCAACAGAAAAUGCAACACAAUACUUUGGUUCAAUCUCAAUGAUUCAAAUGGUUAAUGUAAAGAAAUGUUUAUAUUGUUUCAAAGUUAUCGACAUGGACGACACAAGUGUUAGUAUAGUCAAGUGCUAGCACUGUAACACAAAGCAAAAAGUGGCUUCUUUGAAAAUUAAGAGAUACGGCAAAAUACAAGUGGACGAUGAGGAAAAGGGACCAAACAAAUUUAUUAUUCCAUCAGAUCUCAUAGACUUGUUUUGUGUUGUAAACCGAAUUGUCAGUUCAAACGAUGAUCUCUUUGAAGAUUUCAUUCUUCAAUAUGACAAAUACAUUAUUGAGUGUCAGGGCACAUCAGAUGUUGUUUCAAAAAUUGAACUU